UCUCUCUUCUCUAAACUCCUCCCAUAAUCACACCGCAUCUCUCUGGUAACGGAACUAAAAACAAAAAACAGCAAAACGUCGUCGUUUCACAAUGCUCUCUUCUUCCCCAACCUUCUUCGCUCCUCCAUUUCUCUCCUCUCUCCCACCACCGUCUCGAACUUCCCGCCGGAUCUCGCCGGCUCUCUCUGCCACCACCGCCGCCUCUUCCCACUACACACGCGCCGACGAUCCACCGAGAUUGCGCCAGAUCCCGCGGCGCUUGUCGUCGUCGGCGACAGCGUCUCUCUACGAGAUCCUCGAAAUCCCCGUCGGCUCGACGAGCCAAGAGAUCAAGUCGGCUUACCGGCGGCUAGCGAGGAACUGCCAUCCCGACGUGGCGGGAAACGGUCGGUCGGCGGGGGACGAGUUCGUGAAGAUCCACGCCGCGUAUUGCACGCUUUCUGAUCCCGAGAAACGCGCCGUUUACGAUCGGAGGAUCCUUCUUCGUCUUCGGAGCCGGCCGUUGAGUGUCGGUGGCAGUUACAUCGGAGGGAAUUGGGAAACUGAUCAGUGCUGGUAGUAGUGGUGGUCGAGUUUACCCAAUGCAUUAAGUUUUUUUUUUCGUAAUUAGUGCAAAAAUCCAGAGAUUUAAUGGGUUGUAAAUGAUAAAAGUAAUGUUGUAUAAUUGGUUGCUAAAUGUAGCGUAUUGGCGAUGA